UAGUCGCCGCGAGUGCAGGCGCCUCGCGACUCGCGACCUUAUUCCGCGCUACGUCGCUACCACGCCACCACUCACUCGAACCGAAUUCGCUCACCGGCCACCGCGUAUUAUACGGAAACUAUCACUUUCGCUCCAGAUGACAAUCAAGUUCUAAGUAUGAUAACACUGUGAAUUUAUUAGUGUGCACCGUCCGGCUCUACCACCACGGCAGCAUCGCAAGGUAGACUUAAAAAUGCCCCAGUGGGCGAGUGCUGAGGGUGGAGGCUCAGAAGCCGAGUCGCCCGAUCAAGUGAUGUUGUACUUCGAAGACGAAACCUCCGAGUACUACGAUAAUAAACCUGACAUUGCUGAUAAAAUUGAACAAGCUGGAGAUUUUUACGACAGCGGUAGCGGUAGUGAUGAGCAAGUGGUGCGCCGCGUGAGUCGGCCGCGGCGGGCUGCGGCGGGGUCGUCGUCAUCAGCAGCCAGCAGUACCGGGCCCACGGGCCCUGGCCGACGACGACGAUGCGGUAUCUCAGCGCGAGAGCGCAACCUACGUAGGCUCGAAAGUAAUGAAAGAGAACGAAUGAGAAUGCACUCCCUGAACAGAGCAUUUGAGGAUCUCCGACGAGUAAUACCACACGUCAAGAAAGACAACAGGAGUUUAUCAAAAAUUGAAACUCUUACUUUAGCCAAAAAUUAUGUAAAGGCCCUAACUAAUGCAAUAUGCACAAUGAGGGGUGAAGUACCGCGAUACCAAUUUAAUAGUGACGACGAGAAUGUAGAGCCUGUGUUCGUGUUAAAUCGAGACCAGGAACAAAACAAUAACGUGCCAAGUGAUCAGAACCGAGAAGACUCCAGCCCUGGCUCCAGAAGUUGCCUCUGACAAAGACGUACUAGUCCUCGCCUCGCCUCCCUCGUGUCCACCGCCCGCUCUCCAACUGUAUCGACGUGAACAAACUCAAACAAAGGAAUGAUGAACUUAUGCAUACAUCGUGCAUCGUCUUAGUAUGUGUCCAUAUUAUACUUAAUUAUAUUUUAUUAGUAUUCUUGAUAUGCAAAAAAUAUUUUAAGUAUUAUUUUUGCAAUAGGUAGAACCUGUUCGCUAAAAGUAUUUGUGGCAUAUAUCACUUGUAGAGUUGUAGCCCCCGAUCUAAAAUAAUAAUUAUGUGGGUACGUAUGUACAUAAGUGCCUGAUUACGUAAGGGGCUAAAGGAUAUACUGAGGUAAAGAACAAAAGUAAUAAGAAGCGAGUUAAGCGUUUAAUCAAAUAAGAUACGGCCAGAGAAAAUAAUUUUGAUAAAGUCGGUUCAUUUGAAAGUAUUAUGCAAGCUGAUGCUACGAAGACAUAACUCGAUACCUGUAGGAACAUUGACACCCAAAGACCAAUGGUACGAAUUAAUUGCUAGAUGUUAAAUAUUAUUAUGUAAUCAUUAUUUAAGCAUAUUAUUAAAAAGUCAUUAUGAAAAAAAAAACAAAAAAAAAAGAACAAGAUUAGUAGCCAAAUUUAUGUGAUGAAUGAAAUUAAUAUUAUCGUUUCUAUGACGAAACGACAAAAAUGUAAUAAAACAGGAAAUCUAUAUACCUAUGUAAUCGGGUAACAACUAGCAAAUUGAUAUUUUAAAUAUAAUUUCAAAGAUGCUUGUUUUGUAUAAAAGUGAAAAAGAGUGACUAGGGAAAAUCAAAGUACUAACACGUAUUCAGAUCUCAGAGAAGCAGUGAAAUGUUUGAGCUUAUAAAAUAUAACCUCAGUAAUAGUUUACCUUUGGUAAAUUAAAUUUUCUCAUGGUGCCAAAACGACCGCUUACCUUUGCCCUAUACAGAUGUUGCUUUUGUGUAUCUAUGUAUACUUUUACCUACUAUCAAUUACUAUGGAUUAAACAAAUUCUGUCUACAGGUAAACAGUCAAUUCAACUUUAUAAAUUUUUUGAUGAAUUAUGUAUGUAUUAGAAAUUUAUCAGAUAUUCGUGAUGCUUGCAAUUUUCGUUUGGCUUUACCUACAUAUAGAUAUCGUUAUUCGACGAUCUUUGAUGUUAUAAUAAAUAUGCUAUUAUUAUAAUUAAUGAAAUCUCAACUUAUAGUUACCUACCUACCUUUGAGUUUAUUUAAGUUUAGUUUAUAAUGAAAAUAGGUACAUAUUUUUUGUAAGUACAUUUACCUAUCUAUAAAUUAAUGAGAAUGUUGGAAAAACCAUUUUGAUGAAUAAGUAUUUAGCAAACUUGUUUAUUAAGCAUUUUUACAGUCAUUAUGACUUAGCUAUAUGAUGUAUCUAGUAGUUAUAAAAUGUGCAAAUGUUUUUUUUUAUAGUAUUUUAUGCAAACAAUUUGUGAUUAAAUUAUAUGACAAUUAUAUCUGCGAGAACAUUA